AUGACUGAAAGUAUUUUAGAGGAACUGGAGGAAUUAAAUGCGGAUUUCAAACAACUUGAGGUGGAUAACAAAUCGUAUUUACAACAAUUGACUGAACUCAGUACCGUUCAAAAGAAAUGUUUGAGUCAAAUAUCUCAUCAAAGGUAUCGUCUUGGGAUUAUAUCGAAAUCAUUAAAGGAUUUGAGGAAGAAAGGCGCAGAUCCUAAUGUAAUUGAAGAUAUAAAAAGUAAUAUAAUGAAAAGGAAAGCCCAUUUAUAUACCAUUGAGCAAACAUUACCAAAACCUAAUGGGGUUUACUUAAAAAUCAUUUUGGGAAAUGUUAAUGUUUCUAUUCUUGAUAAAGAAGAAAAGUUUAAGUAUAAAGAUGAAUAUGAAAAGUUCAAACUUAUUUUGAGUAUUAUAGGAAUCGUAAUGGCCGCAUUAAACUUCAUUAUACGAUUCAGGCCGCUAGAACUUAGCUAUAUUUUUUUGUUAGUGUGGUAUUAUUGCACGUUAACAAUACGAGAAAGCAUAUUAAAGGUAAAUGGCUCUCGAAUAAGAGGUUGGUGGAGGCUUCACCACUUUUUAUCCACAGUGGCUGCUGGAAUCUUGUUGAUUUGGCCCGAUAACGAUACAUGGUCUCUGUUUCGAAAUCAAUUCAUGGUAUUUAACAUUUACAUUAGUUUAGUACAGUACCUGCAGUUUAGAUACCAAAUGGGCGUUCUGUAUAGAUUAAAGGCAUUAGGCGAAAGGCACAACAUGGAUAUCACGAUCGAGGGUUUCCAUUCGUGGAUGUGGCGCGGUCUCAGCUUCUUGUUACCGUUUUUAUUCAUAGGGUACAUCUUUCAAUUUUACAACGCGUACACGUUGUGGACGUUGAGUUACAAUUACACGACGACGUGGCACGUACCGGUUCUCAGUUUGAUGUUCUUUAUAUUGUUCGUCGGUAACACGUUGACUACCAUAUCUGUAAUUCCAUCGAAAUUUAAAGAGAAGGUGAAGUUGAAAUAUCGAUUAACGAGCGCUAGAUUGAGUGCUCAGUUGUUAAAUAGAGAGACUGAUGAUACAGAUAGUAACAAACAGGAUUAA